AUUUCAGUUAUCAAAAUGUUCCGCAUUGUAAUCCAUGCCAUAUGGGCAGUAAUCUAUUUUCUAUCUUUUGACCAUUUCUUUAUUAAGGGAUCUUUUGAAAGUGACGCAGCACGAAAAAAGACUGUAAAGAAACGGAUAAUGUCCAACGUCAGCAUGGCGCUUUAUUGGUUUAUCCAUGAGUACCUCCCUUUUGAAAUAGUUAAAGAUGAUGUCGAGUGGGAGACAAUCGCCGGUGAUGGCGAAGCUGUGGGGUUUGCUUUUGAAUAA